GAGAGACGGAGGGAAGGAGGAGCGACACACAGAGCCGCUCUGUUCUCGGCUCCCACUCCGCCACUCAGCGCUCGCCCAUCCACCGCCGAACCGCGCCGCUCGGCAGCCGACAGCACCUUCCAGCCUGAGCAAAACCGCAGGAGCCGAGCCGGAGGGGGAGACGCCGGGCGGAGAAUGGAAUGGAACCUCAGAAGGAUGGAGAGUGAACUGAGGCACAUCAACCCGGACCUGCUGCAGCCCAGCAAGAGCUUCAAGAAGCCGUCAUCAGGCACCGUCACCCUCAAUGUCGGCGGCUUCCUGUACACCGCCCACCGGACCACGCUCUCCAAACACCUGGGCUCCUUCCUGGAGGAGCUGGCCAAUGGGAAGAAGGCGGUGCAGCACACAGACUCCAUGGGCAACCCGUUCAUCGACAGGGACGGCCCCGUUUUCCGCCACGUGCUCAACUACCUGCGAACCGGGGAGCUGCAGCUGCCCGACGACUUCCGGGAGGCGGGGCUCCUGCGGCGCGAGGCGGACUUCUACCGCUUGGGCGAAUUGGUGGAGGCGGUGAGCGAGUGGGAGAACCAGCGGGCUGCCCAGCGCGAACCCGCCUUCCUUGAGGUGACGGACAGCCACGAGAGGUCACAGGGCCUGAAGGUGUACUGCAGCGACGCCGGCUUCAUCGACAAGGUCAAGGGGCGGCUGGUGCAGAUCUCCAAGAGCCGACUCGACGGCUUCCCGGAGGAGUUCGUCGUGUCGUCGAACGUCAUCCAGUUUCGCCACUUCAUCAAGUCGGAGCCGGGCUCGCGGCUUGUCCUGAAGGAGGACAGCACCUUCCUGUGCACGCUGGACUGCCUCAAACUGGAAACGGUGAUGAUGGCGCUGAAGGCGGGCUUCAAGCUGGUCACCGCACUAGACAGCAGCAAGGGCUCGGUAGUGGCAGCAGAGGCCCUGCACUUCGUCAAAUAGGAAGGAGGAAGGA